AAAACCCUUCGUACAUUUUCUUCUCCAAUCUUUUUCAUACACCACAACAAUGUCUGGCACUGGUCGUGAAACAGAGAGCGAGGCAUCCUUGCGUCACAGAGUGGCUGUCACCACGGCUGCAGAUGUGUCGUCUGAAUCAUCGUCAAUCCCAACCGACCAAACCCUUGAGAAGAAGGAUCUUGAUAAAAAGGCCCGUACUGAUGAGUCUCAAGAUUUCACCACUUCAUUGAAGGCUGUUGAAGCUUGGGCAGCACCUAUCGCCCUUACUGCCUUGUCCUUUUUUGUUCGUUUGUACAAAAUCAGCGCUAAUAACGCUGUCGUUUGGGAUGAAGCUCAUUUUGGUAAGUUUGGUUCUUAUUACUUAAGACAUGAAUUCUAUCACGAUGUUCAUCCUCCAUUAGGUAAGAUGCUCAUUGGGUUCUCCGGCUAUCUUGCUGGUUACAAUGGAUCCUGGGACUUCCCAUCUGGUGAAACUUACCCAGAUUACAUUGACUAUACUAAGAUGAGAGUGUUCCAUGCCAUCUUUUCUGCAUUGUGUGUUCCAUUAGCUUAUUUCUCCGCUAAGGAAAUUGGGUUCUCUAUCCCAUCCGUUUGGCUUUUUGCCUUGAUGGUAGCCUUGGAAUCUUCUUAUGUUACCCUUGGUAAGUUUAUCUUGUUAGAUUCAAUGUUGUUAUUCUUCACUGUUGCUACUGUUUUCUGUUUCUCAAGAUUUAACAACUAUAACUCUGAUCCAAAGACCAAAAACUUCCAUCGUAAAUGGUGGAAAUGGUUGUUACUCACUGGUUUCUCUAUUGGUUGCACUUGUUCUGUCAAGAUGGUUGGUCUUUUCGUCACCACUCUUGUUGGAAUUUACACUAUUGUUGAUCUUUGGAAUAAAUUUGGUGACCGUACCAUUCUGUGGAAGAAUUAUAUCUGUCAUUGGGCUGCCAGAAUUGUUGCCCUUAUUAUUGUCCCAACUUUAAUCUUUUUACUUUCCUUUAAAAUGCAUUUUGAUUUAUUAUAUAAAUCAGGUACUGGUGAUGCUAACAUGUCAUCUCUUUUCCAAGCUAAUUUGGUAGGUUCUGAUGUUGUUGGUGGAUCUCGUGAAGUUACCAUUGCCCAUUCAUCUGUCACUUUAAAGAAUCAAGGUCUUACCGGUGGUCUUCUUCAUUCCCAUAUUCAAGGUUAUCCAGAAGGUUCUAAGCAACAACAAGUUACCACUUAUUCUCACAAGGAUUCUAACAAUAACUGGGUUUUCCAAAGACCAAGAGGUCAAGAUUUCUAUAACCCAGAUAUUUCUGAAGAUUUGGAAUUUGUUAUUGAUGGUAUGACAGUUCGUUUAAUGCAUCCAAUGACUGGUCGUAACUUACAUACUCAUGAUGUUCAAGCUCCAGUCACUAAGUCUGAAUUCGAAGUUGCUGGUUACGGUAACAUGACCAUUGGUGAUGCUAAGGAUAACUGGGUUGUUGAAAUUAUGGAACAAUCUGGUUCUGAAGAUAAACUCAAGUUACAUCCUUUAACCUCCUCUUUUAGAUUGUUUAACCCAUCUAUGAAUUGUUACUUGGGUGUUUCUGGUUCAUCCUUGCCACAAUGGGGUUUCAGACAAGGUGAAGUUGCUUGUUUCAAGAAUCCAUUUGCCAAGGAUAAGAGAUGUUGGUGGAAUAUUGAAAACAAUGAAAACAGAUUGUUACCACCAGCACCUGAAGAUUUCAAGCUUCCAAAGACAAAGUUUAUCCGUGACUUUAUUCAAUUGAACUUGGCUAUGAUGGCUACCAACAAUGCUUUGAUCCCAGAUUUUGAAAAGCAAGAUGAUUUAGCUUCAAGUGCCUGGGAAUGGCCAACUUUGCAUGUUGGUAUUCGUAUGUGUACUUGGGGUGUGAACAAUGUCAAGUACUUUAUGAUUGGAUCACCAGCUACUACCUGGCCAUCAACUGCUGCAGUACUUGCCUUUUUCUUUAUUGUCAUCUUUUAUGUCGUUAGAUGGCAAAGACAAUACGUUGACUUCCCAUCCUCUGACCCUAACAAGUUGAAGGUUUUCCUUAUGGGAGGUAUCUAUCCAAUGUUUGGAUGGGGUUUACACUUUUUACCAUUUGUUAUUAUGGGCCGUGUCACCUAUGUCCAUCAUUAUGUCCCUGCUUUAUACUUUGCCAUGAUUAUCUUUGUGUAUGAAUUGGAAAGUUUUACUUCUUGUUUACAAAAAUCUAAGAACUCUUUAGCCAAGGUUGCUUACUAUGCCAUUUACGCAUCUUGGUACUUCAUUGUUAUUGGUACUUUCUAUUACUUGAGACAUAUUAGUUUUGGUAUGGAAGGUCCAAAGGAAGAUUGGAGUCAUCUUGAUUUGUUACCAUCUUGGAGAAUUUCCAAUGACAAUUACGUUUAAGGAACAAAUCAAAACCUUAAAAAGAAACUUACUAAGAAACAUUUUCUUUAAAAAGAAAUGAUAAGAGAGAGAUUGCUUGAUAUUUCUUU